AAAGCAGCAGCCGCUGCAGGAAUAUAGAAUGUGGAAGGGCUGUGUAUGUGAGGAGAUACUACGCCUCCCACUGUACACGACGAGGUUACAGAGACUGCAGCGGAGUACACUAGCAGGACAGCCAUGUUCCACAUAGCUACGAGACAGCUGCAGCUCCAAUAGCUUUGUUCUUCAGUACAGCACGUCGCGUCGCUACAACAGGAUGCUGGGAUACGUAGUCCCUCAAUCAUUAUCACGCUCAUCAGUUACUGUGUUUAAGAACCACAACUCCCAAGGUGCAGCGCGGGAAAUGAGCAUGCGUGUUUCCUUCUAGCUGGACACUAAACUAGCAAAGGAGAAUAAAAAAAGAAUGAAACAAUUUAGGAGGUCUGUGUGUCGAGAACGGUUCGGGCCGUGAGAGAGAACCCUUGGGCAGCCGUAUAUACAUGGUACAGGGCACGGUGAGUGGCGCCACAGCAGAUUCCUCACACGCGAAGCAUCUGCUGCAAAGUUAAGAGGAGUAGAUCUGAGCAUGAUAUAGAGCUGACAGGUUCCCUGUAAAAAAUUAAAGAAAAGCAUUACUACCUACCCCUUAGGUGGGACAAGAAAAUGGAGAUUGUUGAGAACCUGGUAAGCAAUGAAAUGUUAGUGGUGGAUAAUUUUGAGUAAUCUUGGCUUAUAAAAAAAAGACCACAUAUCAUUCAGAACAUAAACCUGUCCAGCUGCAGCAUCUCCUUUGUUCCAGCUGAAGUACAGGCUGGGAAGUCGAGUAAGUGAGGGUGGGACUAGUACUCCUCUGUGCUCACUCCUAUCCUGUCUAUCAGAAUCCUGUCUGAAAACAAAGGGGGUUACCGUGCAGCCUGCAGUGAUUGGAUGAAGAGACCCAGAACAGCAGACUCAGGGAGGAAGUAAAUGCAUGGAAAAUGGCUAACUUUACAUCACCCAUAUCGUCAGGGUACAAUGAAACGAUGGAAAGCAAGGAGGCAGUAAGACAUUUCAUCUCAUCCCUGGAGUCAAUGUGCAAACAGUUUGCCAGGGUAAAGGCAGAAGUAGCAUGCAUCGCUGUAUACGAUUCAGAAGCCUUGAUAGUUGGCAGCAGGAAAGGAAAAGCUUUCUUUGAUUCCAGAAAGGAUCUCCAGCAAGAUUUCAUACAGUAUUGCAAUUUGGAUGAAAACUGUACUUCAAAACCUGUAAUGAAGACAUUUAGAUUAGCAGCAAACUGUACAGAGAUUGAAUACUUCCAAAAAUGUGUUGAAGAUCUGUUCUGUCUUUGCUAUGGUAAAGCUUUAGGAAAAUUAACUCCAGUACCAGUUCCCUAUGAUGAGAUUGCUAAAGACCCCACUGCUGUCAUGGUCUGUGGUCUACCAAAUGAUGUAGCAGUUAAAAAUCCAUCAAACUAUGAUAUUCACACUAUACGGCAAAUCUUAGAAAAUAGGUCCAGCAUAUCUUUUACUAUAAAAAGGCCCUUUUUUGAUUACAAAGGCUCAAGAGAUGAUGGUGAAACUGCUGACACCCAAGGCUAUUUGUCUGAAAGCUAUUAUCCAGUCCGAGUGAAAGCAGAACCAAGUGAUGACUCUGUAGAAAAUUCAUCUGGUCCAGCAACAGUGACCAUAAAACGUGAGGCUGAUGACAAGGAUUACUAUCAGUUCAAAUACCAAGGACAUGCUUAUGGAGAAGAGCCUAAUAAAGAAACAGCGGUGGAUCACUGUGGAGAGAAGGAGUAUAUACCACCUCACAAGAAACAAAAGAAUACGGAAAUUAAACCAGUCAUUAACCAACCUGUACAAUGCAAGAAGAAAACAAGAGAGUUCAAUUUUGAAAAAUGGAAUGCAAGGAUUACCGGACUAAGAAAACAAGUGGAAGAAUUGUUUGAAAAAAAGUAUGCUGAGGCAAUAAACGUGAGUGGUCCUGCAUCCAUUCCAUAUAACCUUUUCCAGUCUAAUUCAGAAGAUCUUUAUGUCGAAGGGCUGCCUGAGGGAAUCCCAUUUAGGAGACCUUCAACUUAUGGAAUUCCACGGCUGGAAAGAAUAUUGCUGGCAAGAGAAAGGCUCCGAUAUGUCAUCAAAAAACCAGAACUUCUGAAUACUACAAGAGAAGCCAUAACUGUUGAAAAAACAGCUGUGGGAGUAAAAGAAGAGUGGUAUGGAAGGAUUACGAAUUUAAGAAAAAUUGUCGAUCAGCUGUAUAGUAAAAAGUUUGCUGAAGCUUUGGGAAAGACAGAGCCGAUGCCUGUACCUUACCAAAAGUUUGAAGCUAAUCCCCUUGAUAUAUAUGUCGAGGGACUGCCUGAUAAUAUCCCCUUUAGAAGUCCAUCCUGGUAUGGGAUCCCUAGACUGGAAAAGAUUAUUCAACUUGGCAACCGGAUCAAAUUUGUAAUAAAAAAACCAGAGCUUCUCACACAGACAACCUCAGAAUCCAUCCAAAACAGAACAAAUGCAGGAGCAAAAGAAGACUGGAAUGUUAGAAUUACUAAGUUAAGGAAACAAGUUGAAGAAAUCUUUAACACAAAAUUUGCACAAGCGUUGGGACUCUCAGAAGAAGUAAAAGUCCCUUAUCCAGUGUUUGAAUCUAAUCCUGAGUUUCUCUAUGUGGAGGGAUUACCAGAAGGAAUUCCAUUUCGGAGCCCCACAUGGUUUGGAAUCCCUCGGCUAGAGAGGAUCGUAAGAGGAAGUGCUAAAAUCAAUUUUGUUGUUAAGAAUCCGCAGCUUGUAGCACCACAUCUGCCCCCUUUGCUUGCCAAUAAGAUAAAUGUAAAAGCAGUUCAGAAUUUUGAACAAAGUCCGGGAAAGCUUUCUGCAGAUGAUGAUAAAUCCAAAAAUGUAGUCUGCUGUACUCCACAAGCCAAUGGCUCCACAACGAUCCCUAAAUCACGGGGAAGAGAGUUCUCCUUUGAGGUCUGGAAUGCUAAAAUUACUGAUCUAAAACAAAAAGUUGAAGCACUGUUUGAUGAGAAAUGUGGGGAGGCCCUAGGCAUGAAAGAGCCAUUUAAGGUGCCAUUUGCGUUGUUUGAAUCCUACCCAGAAGACUUCUACGUUGAAGGCCUUCCUGAAGGAGUUCCAUUUCGCAGACCCUCUACUUUUGGCAUUCCUAGGCUGGAGAAAAUUCUCAGAAACCGAGCAAAGAUUAAGUUUAUUAUUAAAAAACCGGAAUUGUUUGAGGCUGCCACCAAAGAAACAACUUUGCAGUACCCACAAAAAAUAAUACAGGCACAUAAUAAAUUGAUCAGUGCAGCUGGAGUUGAGGACCUCAAUAUCAUUCAAGUAACUGUACCAGGUGCAGACCCUGAGAAAACAAUUAAAGUAGACAAAGCUCGGCAGCUGAGGGAACAGGUUAAUGAAUUGUUCAGUCGGAAAUAUGGAGAAGCAAUUGGUAUGAACUUCCCAGUGAAAGUCCCCUACAGGAAAAUAACUGCCAACCCAGGAUGUGUUGUAGUGGAUGGAAUGCCACCAGGGGUUUUGUUCAAAGCCCCCAGUUAUCUAGAAAUAAGUUCAAUGCGCAGAAUUCUGGAUGCAGCACAGUUUAUAAAAUUCACAGUAAUAAGGCCUUUUCCUGGGCUAGUGCUUAACAACCAAGUUACAGAUGAAAGUGAGUCUGGACAACAUACAGAACCCGCUAUAUGUGACAAGAUUUGUAAAGUAGAACCAGCAGCAGAAGACCUAAAAGAUGAAUGUAACAUAAAGCAAGAGUCAGAUCCAGCAUGGUAAAUGUUUCUUAGGGAGGUCUUAUUCGUUAACACUUGAUACCAAGAUAUGAGUGAAUGUGGAUUAGAGAAGAUAGACUGUUUACAGAUGUCCUAAAAUGCUCCAUUCAUAAAAUACACUGCAUGUCGUCUGCCUAUAUGAUAAAUCAUCUUCUAUUCAUUAAAUGGGUUUUCUCUUUUAUCCACAUUUAUGAGAUAUCCAUCCUCUGCUAAUUGGAGAACUGGGACCUGCAUUUAUAUACCAUUAGAUGGAAAUGUCUGAUUUGAAGCUAGUAUAAAGCAUUACCAUGAAAGGAGCCGCGUUGUCAUAAUUUGGGAUACAAUCUUUAACAUGAACUGUCUACAUUUUUACUUCCGCCAUUGCGUUUAAAGGUACUUUACUAAAUACCAUCCCAUGUAAUGUAUUAUACUCCAACCAAUAAAUA